AUGCACUGGCGUUGCCGCACUUCUGUACGUCCCGCUUCCUCUGCGCCCUUCUCACACAGCGACGAAGCGUCUGGCCUGGCUGGACGAAGGCAUCCGCAAAGCACAGGCCAGCAUGAGUCCCUCAACGUAUUGCGGCGGCUCCAGGAGGCUCCGGUCGCAUGUUCUGAUGCCGGCUUCUUUCGUCAUGGGCCUAGGAUCUGCGACUGCGAAGUCCUGCCAGCAGCGCGCGGACUGGCCUUGGGAUGGGCAGACGCCGCUGGUGUGGACGGAGGAACUGAAUUGCCUGGAGAGCCUGCAGCUGGCUGCGACGCUCCCAAGAACAUCAAGUUCCGCUUUCAGUUCAUGCAGGUCGGGAACUUCCGCAUCGGUGCCUAG